AUGUGCAUUCUCCCUUUCUUUCUUUCUUUCUUUCUUUCUUUCUUUCUUUCUUUCUUUCUUUCUUUCUUUCUUUCUUCUCGUUUUCUUCGUCUUUACUUUCUUCUUGCCUUCCUAUUAAUCUCUUUUUUCUACCUUUCCUUUUCUUUUUUCCGUCAUCUUUCUUUCUUUCUUUCUUUCUUUCUUUCUUUCUUUCUUUCUUUCUUCUCGUCUUCUUCGUCUUUACUUUCUUCUUGCCUUCCUAUUAAUCUCUUUUUUCUACCUUUCCUUUUCUUUUUUUCCGUCAUCUUUCUUUUUCUUUCUUUUUUCUUUCUUUCUUUCUUUCUUUCUUUCUUUCUUUCUUUCUUUCUUUCUUCUCGUCUUCUUCGUCUUUACUUUCUUCUUGCCUUCCUAUUAAUCUCUUUUUUCUACCUUUCCUUUUCUUUUUUCCGUCAUCUUUCUUUCUUUCUUUCUUUCUUUCUUCUCGUCUUCUUCGUCUUUACUUUCUUCUUGCCUUCCUAUUAA